CUGGCGAGCCAGCCGAGUGGUUGCGCUGGGGCUGCCCGGGGCCGCCUAAAUGUCUCCGGCUGGGCGAGGGAGGGAUCGCCGCUGGCUCGGAGGGCCGUCCCGUGAAGCCGGAGCCGAGUCGUGCGGCUGGCUGGCUGGCGGAGAGGCGAUGCCUUGGUAGGGGAGAAGGGAGAGGAGCCCUGCCGGAGCUGGUCUUUGGAGGGGACAGCUCGCCAGCCCCUGCAAGCGCAGAAGGGCCGGCGCACUUUUCCAGCGGGUGGGGGCCACGGCCGACCCCCCCUUUUAUUCCGAUCCCCCAAUGUUUCCCCGUGCAAGUGUGCGUCUUGGGGAAGGCUGGGGCGACGAGCCUGCAGUUGCUCAUUUGCAGACCCUGCCCGCGAGAGGAAAACAGGAGCCUUGACUAUGCGGCAGCGUUUCCUGGGGUCUCGCAAGCCAGCGGGCAUCCGAGGAAAGUAAACUAGAAACCAACACCGCAGGAAGGUUGGGCGAGGGUGCCCAGUGGAUGUUUUUGGUGGAAGGGAAACGGAGCGCUGCCCCGGAUCCGGACUUGGAGUCAGUUGGGACAGGAAGAUUUGCCGGCACUGCAAGUGUCCACAGGCAGAACACUUUGAAACAGUGAUGCCGCUGGAAAUGGAGAAGACCGUGACCAAGCUGAUGUUUGACUUCCAGCGCAAUUCAACGUCUGACGAUGAUUCUGGCUGUGCCUUGGAAGAGUACGCCUGGGUUCCCCCGGGGCUGAAACCAGAACAGGUUCACCAGUACUACAGCUGCCUGCCGGAAGACAAAGUACCCUACGUGAACAGCCCCGGGGAGAAAGCCCGCAUAAAACAGCUUCUACACCAGCUGCCACCGCACGACAAUGAGGUUCGAUAUUGCAACUCACUGGACGAGGAAGAGAAAAGGGAGCUCAAGCUCUUCAGCAAUCAGAGGAAAAGGGAGAACUUGGGCCGAGGAAACGUCCGACCAUUUCCGGUCACCAUGACAGGAGCCAUUUGCGAGCAGUGCGGAGGCCAAAUCAACGGAGGAGACAUCGCUGUCUUUGCAUCCCGAGCGGGCCAUGGGGUUUGCUGGCACCCACCGUGCUUCAUCUGCAGCGUCUGCAACGAGCUGUUGGUAGAUCUUAUCUAUUUCUAUCAAGAUGGGAAGAUUUAUUGUGGCCGACACCACGCGGAAUGCCUCAAGCCUCGGUGUGCAGCCUGUGAUGAGAUUAUCUUCGCUGAUGAGUGCACAGAAGCUGAGGGAAGGCACUGGCACAUGAAACACUUUUGCUGUUUUGAAUGCGAAACGGUGCUAGGUGGCCAGCGGUACAUAAUGAAGGAAGGGCGGCCAUAUUGCUGCAACUGCUUUGAAUCCUUAUACGCGGAGUAUUGUGAUACAUGCGCUCAGCACAUAGGCAUCGAUCAAGGUCAAAUGACUUACGACGGCCAGCACUGGCAUGCUACGGAGACCUGCUUUUGUUGCGCGCAGUGCAAGAAAUCUCUGCUCGGGCGACCGUUCCUGCCAAAGCAAGGGCAGAUCUUCUGUUCAAGGGCGUGUUCAAUGGGUGACGACCCUAAUGGCUCGGACUCCUCAGAUUCUGCCUUCCAAAGCGCUAGAGCUAAGGAGUCCCGCCGCAGUGCCAAGAUUGGCAAGAACAGGAGCAAAGGCGAGGAGAAUGCACUAAGCCAGAGCGGCCAACUUCAGGUGUCCUCCAGCAGGCUUUCUGCAGAUGUGGACCCUCUCUCCUUGCAGAUGGACUUGCUGAGUCUGUCCAGUCAAACUCCCAGUCUAAACAGGGACCAUGUCUGGAGGAGCAGAGAUGAACUGUAUCACUAUGGGAACAAAAUGGAGCAGAAUCAGUCACAGAGCCCUUUGCAGCUGCUCAGCCAAUGUAACAUAAGGACUUCCUACAACCCAGGGCAGAGCCCAAGUGCCCAGCAGGAUCUAUGGGGGAAACAUUUCAGCAACCCAAAGAGAAGUUCCUCUCUGGCCAUGAAAGGUCACGGUGGCAGCUUCAUCCAGGAAUGCAGAGAAGACUAUUACUCAGGGAGGCUACGGUCUCAGGAGAGUUACAGUGACAUGUCCAACCAGAGCUUCAGCGACACCAGAGGGAGUUACAAGGUCUCCAAAUAUGGAGAGGAGGAGGAGGAUGCUGGCAUGUCUGCCCAGCAGUGUCGGACCAGGCAUCCCGUUAAUGCGCUGAAAUUCACGGAGGAACUGACCCCCACAGAGCAAACUCCACGAGGUUCAAUGGAAUCCCUGGCUCUCUCCAAUGCCACAGGUCUUUCUGCAGACGGUGGUGCCAAGCGACAAGAGCAUCUCUCUCGGUUUUCCAUGCCUGACCUUAGCAAAGAUUCAGGGAUGAAUGUCUCGGAGAAGAUGAGCAAUAUGGGGACACUGAACUCCUCUGUUCAGUUCAGAAGUGCUGAGUCAGUCCGUAGUCUACUUUCUGCGCAACAGUAUCAAGAUAUGGAAGCCAACCUGCACGAUCUGGCCAGUCCCAUUGGUUACAGAGACACACCCUCUCGUGGAAGAAUGCAUCAGAGCUUUGAUUACGAAAGUGGGAUGCCGGGAAACAAGUUGGCUGGACAAGAGGGCACCAGACACCCUCCAAUGAGUGAACGCACUCCCAGGCGAACUAAUCUCCGGGACGAUGAUCGGCGUUAUCGCCCUCACAGAUCCCGACGGUCAAGGAGAUCCCGCUCGGAUAAUGCACUUCACCUCACCAGUGAACAGAGCUAUAAGGUGAAAGAGAGGCCCUCUUUACGAGCUAGAGAGGACUACGACCAGUUCUUGCAGCAGAGAAGCUGCAGAGAGACUUUGGAGCAGGGUGCACGGAGAAACCUGUAUGGCCAGUGUCCGCGGACCGUUUCAGACCUUGCUUUGCAAAACCACUUUACUGAGAGAUGGGGACCCUAUUUUGCUGAAUACGAUUGGUGUUCCACAUGCUCCUCCUCCUCUGAAUCUGACAAUGACGGCUACUUCCUUGGAGAACCAAUCCCACAACCCUCCCGCCUCCAGUAUGUCACCAGCGAAGAGCUCCUUCACAAAUACGGUUCUUACAGCAUGCCUAAGUCUUCCACGCUAGGUGGUCGAGGACAGUUACAUAGCCGGAAAAGGCAGAAGAGCAAAAACUGUACCAUAGCAUAACCUUGUCCCCACCCCCACCCCCCAAGCACAGUGUUGGAGAAUGUAAUUACUUCAUCAACUUGCACUGUUGUAGGUCUGAAAAUGCUUUUUAUUGUAACAAAAAGUCUUGGCAAGUGGGGGAGUUAAGAGAAGGUCAUAGACAAAGGUCUAUAAAUAGUCAUAAUUGUUGGCAUGGUGAAUAUAUUUUGCACAUUUUAUUUUGGGGAUGGAGGAAGGGGAAAAAUUUAUUUUAGCAUGUAAUAGUUAUCAACUUACCUCCUCCCCACAAGUAGCUGCCACCCAUUUAAUACCCAGUCCACCCUCAUGUUUUAGUUGUCAUUGUUUACUAUAACCAGCAGUUAGCUACUAGUUUAUUCUCUCUCCUCUCUUGCUUUUCAUUUCCGUCACCAUUUUUUUAAAGGGGAGGUUAACUCUUCUGCCAGAUUGCAGGGGAAACUAAAUUAUUUCCAACACUGUUCAAAGGAGGAGUUCAGUGAGAGUUCGAAGAAACUAUUUUUGUAUUUUGUAAUAUCAGAGGAAUUCUGUAUCUUCGGAGACACUGGGAAACUCGGGCACAUCUGUAAUUUUUUGAGGCCAGAGUUGAACUGACCUUCAAACCCCCUUUUAUCUUUUGCCAUCAGAUUAGCUCUGGAUCAGCAACGCUUUACUUUCUGCUCCCCCCCCCCCCACCCCAAGGAACCCCCUUUUUUCCUACUUCAGUAGUGCUCGAGGAGGCCUACACCUUCAUUUUAUGUUGCUGUGCCUGCAAUCCAAAGAACACUUUCCAGAGGGUAAGUCCCACUGAAUUAAGUGGGACUUUCUUCUGAGUAGAGUUGCUUAGGAUUUCUCUCGGUGAAACUCAAAUGCAGACUCGGUUAUUGCUGAAACACAAUUAAGAACAAGUUCUUCUUUAUCAAACGCAGAAGAAAAUAUAACCACCAAACGUCAGAGAAUGUAGGUCUGAGAAGGCGUUUUCCAUCUCUUUGCAGAGGGCGGAAGUGGCUAAAAAUUUCUAAUACUUUCUGGGGGACGAAGCAAAACAGUUGUAAAUGGUGCAGUUGUGUGGUGUCGGCAUGAACUUGUUUUAAGUAUAGAAUUGUUUUCUGGUGCUCUAGUUUCCUGGCAUAUGUUAACUGCUGUUCAUUACCAAGAGGUAUCUUCAACACUGCCUUCUUCUGAAAUCUAUAAUGAAAUGAAUACAUCCUAAUCAUGUCAGACUUAAAAGUCCACCCGUGGGAGAUAGAUACUUCAAACCCAUUCUGAUGGCAGUUUGAAGAGCAUAUCCUCAGGGCAGAGUGGAGUCCAUUUCUUUGGAAGUAGAACAAAUCAACAAGAGCUUCAAUAUGGUAGUUAUAUACAUAGGACUCAAAAUGUACUCUGUGCUACGGUGGGUGUGAGUUCUUAUUCUCUGUAUGCUUUUAACAAUUGGGAGAUUGACAUCAAGAUGUUUUCUGUAUUGUUUCCAAAUGGGACAAGUGAGACCGAAGGCAACUCUUUCUCUCUCUCUUUCUUUUAUGGCUGUUUUUACUAUAGGGGUUGUAAUACAGGUUUCAAUAGUCCCUAGUUGAAUAGGAUCUUGCCAACUUACACACCUGUGCAUAGUUCUGUUGUGAGCUUAAAGAUUCUGUUAAAAGUAAGGAUCGAGUGGAUUAGAUGACAGUGGGCACAUUGGUGUGAGGAAGAUUACAACAGGCCCUGACUCACCAGGGGGGGCGCUAAGAAACAGGGCCUUUGUGCUUGGCUCCAGCCAGCUACAAAACCAGGCCUUGAAUCAACAUCUCUGUGUAGCUGAGGUAGAGGAUGGCCUUGCCUUUUGGAAAACAGUGACUCGGGAGGAAGUCUGAGAUGUGGAUGUAUCCAUAGCACAGCUAGGAAUUUUUUUUUCUUGUGCAUAAGAAGAAUGUGAUGAUUAUGAUUUUUAAAAAAAUAAAAUUAAGAAAAAAACAAA